UGCGCAUCAAACUCUCACGAUCAAAUUAUUAUUAUAUUAAUAUUAUUUGUUUUCGGUUAUUAUUGUUUGCGAUCUGUUGAAGAAAAUGUCUGCUGUGGUAUUGUUCUGUUUGUGCGUGUGGAGUUUGUUUGGUGUGUUUGGUAGUGAGUUUGUGUCAGUGAUGGAGGGAGAUUCUGUGACUUUAUCUGUCAAUCUCACUGAAACACAGAGAAAAGAGGGAAUCACCUGGAAGUUUGGACCUCAGUACAUCACAAUAGCUGAAAUUGAAGUUGGUGGCAAUAAUAUCACUUUAUAUGAAGAGAGAGCUGAUGGGAGAUUCAGAGACAGACUGAAGUUGGAUCACAGUGGAUCUCUGACCAUCACAAACAUCAGAACCACAGACUCUGGACUUUAUCAACUAAUCAACACCAACACAAAUAACCAACUCAAUAUAUUUAAUCUUACUGUCUAUGCCCGUCUGCCCGUUCCUGUCAUCUACAGUUCCUGUCCACAAAAUACUUCAUCAGUCUCAAACUUUGUGUUAUUGUGUUCAGUGAUGAAUAUGAGAGAUGUGAGUCUGUCCUGGUAUAAAGGAAACAGUUUAUUGUCCAUCAUCAGUGUGUCUGAUCUCAACAUCAGACUCUCUCUACAUCUGGAGGUGGAUUAUCAGGAUAACAACACAUACAGAUGUGUACUCAACAAUACCAUCACAAACCAAACUCAACAUCUCAACAUCAAUCAACUCUGUCAGACGUGUUCAGAAAACUUCUGCUGUUGUGGUUUUAUUGAAGUUGUGAUCCGAUUGGUCGUUUCUGUUCUGGUGGGCGUGGCUGCUGUUGGUUUUCUGGUUUAUGAAAUCAGAUCCAGAAGAGAUGAAGAGAAGAGGAUGAAGUAUGCCUUGAAUCAGCCAAGUGUGUUUGGUAGUGAGUUUGUGUCAGUGAUGGAGGGAGAUUCUGUCACUUUAUCUGUCAGUCUCACCGAAACACAAAGAAAAGAGGGAAUCACCUGGAAGUUUGGACCUCAGAACAUCACCAUCGCUGAAAUCGAGGUUGAGGACAAUAAAAUCAGUGUAUAUGACAAAGAUAGAGCUGAUGGGAGAUUCAGAGACAGACUGAAGUUGGAUCACAGUGGAUCUCUGACCAUCACAAACACCAACAUCACAGACGCUGGACUUUAUCAACUAAUCGACACCAACACAAAUAACCAACUCAAUAUAUUAAAUCUUACUGUCUAUGCUCGUCUACCCAUUCCUAUCAUCACCAGAAUCUCUCCACAAAACUCCCCUUCAAUCUCAAACUGUUCAUUAUUGUGUUCAGUGAAUGUGAGUGAUGUGAGUCUGUUCUGGUACAAAGGAAACAGUUUAUUGUCCAGCAUCAGUGUGUCUGAUCUCAACAUCAGCAGCAUUUCUCUUCAUCUGGAGUGUCUGGAUGAUUCUUACAGCUGUGUGCUGAACAAUCCCAUCAGUAAUCAGACUCAACAUCUCAACACUGAUCUCUGUCAGCCAUGUUCAGGCAUCGCAGACACCAUCUUGUUGCCUUUGAUCUGUUGUGCUGCUGUUGGAUGUCUGAUGAUUGCAGCUGCAGUUCUGAUCUUCUGCAUUCUCAGGAAACGGAAAAAAAAACAGGAUCAAGCCUGUAAAGAGAUCACCUAUGCAGAUCCUACCUUCUGCAAACGAAAUGCACAUAAAACGAGAGCUCCAGUGGAGGAUGAUGUGGUUUAUGCUGGAGUCAUGAGACGAUGAACAAACUCACUGUAUGUGAUUGGACAUUCAGAUUACAGUAGCCGUCUCUGCUUUUAUCGUUUUUAAAUGUUGAUGUCCAGACAGUAUAAUAUGCACAAAGAACGGAUUAUGAGGGAGUAAAAUAUUUGUUUGAGUGCCUUGUCAGUCAGUGCUGGUGUAACUUAGUAGUCUUAGUAUUUCAGUCUGAGCUCUGUAAUAAACAUACUUAGAUUAAAGGAUGUAAGGGUUUCUUAUGUGUAUUAUGAAGUUAUUAAUUUGUAAGAACUUUUUAUUCUUCUAAUUUGACUUAUUUUUUUCUAUUUUUCAAUUAUCUUUAAAGUUUUUGAUUUAUUUCAUGUUGGGUGUUGUUGGGUGUUGUGUUGUCUUCACAAGUAGAUG